UCACAUGUACACAAUUUUGUGAAGAAAAUAAAUAUUUUGCAAGAUACAUAAAAAUAUUAAAACUGUUUUGUGAUUUUAAUAAAUAUUUAUGAUUAUUUGCAUUUUGCAAUAACAAGAUUUUUUCACAUUAAAUAAUUAUCAAUAUUAAAUACAAAUAUGAGCGAUAUGGACUUAGGAUUUCCGGAGCAAUGCGAACCGGGUUGGUUAACAAAUCGUUAUUUUCCAAGUAAAGUAGGCGGUAAACCAGCUUGGUUAGAGCUGGACUUAUUACCAAGUAAAGAGGAAAUGUUUUGUGAUGAAUGCAAAACUCCAAAAACAUUUUUAUGUCAGAUCUAUGCACCAUUUGGAGAUGAACAUAAUUUCCAUCGUACUAUUUUUGUUUUUGUAUGCCGCACAGCAACAUGUCAGAAAGCCAAUACAGCAAGCAAUUUAAUGGUUUUAAGAAGUCAACUGGCAAAAAAGAACAAGUUCUACUCUGAGAUACCGCCAGAUGAAGAUGCUGAUGUUUUGCCAGCUAUAAUGCCCAACAAAAAGUUGUGCAUAGUUUGCGGAUGUUUGGGACAACUCCAGUGCAGUCGUUGCAAAAAUGCUAACUAUUGUGCAGCAGAGCAUCAACGUGCACACUGGCCACAUCAUAAAACGAUUUGUUCUGCGGCUAAUGUAACAGAAAACGAAGUAAACAAAAUUAAUGCGAUUGCAUUUCCAAAAUUACUAUUUCCAGAAUAUGAAAUCACUAUAGAACCAUGUGAUGAAAACAAUCGUGUAGAUUUGGACAAAGAUGAUGAGGCCAAAGAAAAAGAACAAAUGGCUGAAUAUGAAAAAUUGGCUGCUGAAGGUAAAACAGGUGCAUUAAAUAAUGUACCAGAUGGGGAAUUAGAAAAAUAUGCUGGUGGUACCUCAACGGGUAUGGAUGAUAAAUAUUUCCGUAAGUUCAAGAAAACUAUGUGGAAACAGGAAGCACAAAUUUUACGCUAUAAACGUAAUGGUGAACCAUUAUGGAUAAGUAAUCCAGAAAAGACUAUAGCAGCACAUUUGGUUAUACCUAAUUGUGAGUUAUGCGGUGGACCAAGACAAUUUGAAUUUCAAAUUAUGCCACAAAUGCUCUACAUAUUCAAUAAUGAAGCCAUCGAUUGGGGUGUAUUGGCUGUAUACACUUGCGUCAAUAGCUGUAAGAUACCAGAAGAUAUUGGUUAUGUCAAAGAAUAUAUAAUCAAACAAGAUGUCGUUGAUGAUAAAAAAUAGCAUUUCAGUUAGUAUAAGUAAAAUUGGCAAUCCUUUAAGUCCAUGAUAAGAGUAAAAUUAUUACAAAAAGCUAAACAGAACUGACUCAAGUGUGAGAAAGUCUGUAUUAUAUUUAAUCUUUAUGGUAAUGCAAUUUUAAUCUGUGAAAUCUCAGCUAUUGAGAUAUCUAAAAAUCGACUACAUAUAACUUUUAACUCUAAAUGUUCUAUAUAAAUCAUUAUCCUGUUGAACGUAAUUUAAAUGUCUUAAGAAGGCACAUUUUGUUAGUUUGAUAUACUAAAUACAGUUUUAAAACUUUAA